AUGGACCCAGGCAUUCCUUCAGAACCUCCCUCCUGCUCUCUCAAGGGCAAGACUGCCAUCGUGACGGGAGCAGGCUGUCUGGGUGAUGGAAUCGGCAACGGGCGAGCAAUUUCAAUUUUGCUUGCUGACGAUGGCUGCGAUGUACUCUGUGUCAACCUCAAUAUCGAGUGGGCGAAGAAGACCGUCGAGAUGAUAGCAUCUAAACCCGGACGCGGAGAAGCCCUGCCGUUCUGCGCGGAUGUUGCGUCAAUGGAAUGUUGCAAGGCAGUAUUACACUACGCAAUGGAACAGUUUGGUGGCUUGGACAUCUUGGUGAACAAUGUCGGGGUCGCAGGCGCGUCAGGGACUGCCGUGGAUGUGGAUAUGGCAGAAUGGGCGAAACGUUGCUGGGCUGAAGGGGGGACGCCGCAUUUGCUAUAUCCGACGGCCAAGGGCGCGGUGGUCAACUUGACACACGCGAUGGCAGCCCAUCAUGCCUCGGAGGGAAUUCGAGUCAACUGUGUGUGUCCGGGAAUGCUCUAUACCCCGAUGAUGUAUGGAAACGGCAUGAGCGAGGAAGCUCGUGAGGCGCGCCGUAAGCGGAGUUUGCUAGGCACUGAAGGAAAUGGUUGGGAUUGUGCUGGUGCCGUGGUGUUUCUGGCGGGUCCUCAUGCGCGGUGGAUGACUGGAGUGAUUCUUCCGGUCGAUGCAGGGACGACAGCCGCAGUGGGGAUUGGAAUGUCGAAGAGCGCCAGCGUCAAUGGAUAA